GACUAGUGACGCAAAUUUCCCGCCCUCACUUCUGCGGUCCUAUACGUGUGGAGAAAGAAAGUCAACAAAGUAGUGAUUUCCCCACGUUGUAUUGUACUUUAACAUAUUAUAACUUUCCACGCUGCUGGCUAACGAUGCCCUCCACACACACAGACUGGAUCAACAGUCCACUGGCUGUCGUUGAAGAGAUGUUUGCUGCUUCCCAGAACAGUCCAAACUCUGGAUGGGAGGCAAAAGUGGUUGAAUUCUUCAAAGAGCAGCUGAAAGAGAAGGAUGCUCAUAUUUCGGUUCCGUCGUUGAACGACGUCCCUUUGCACUACCUGAAGCCAAACAGCCUAGUGAAGUUUCGUUGUUUAAUCCAAGACAUGUUCGAUCCAGAGUUCUACAUGGGAGUGUAUGAGACCGUUGAUGCGUCAACAAAGGCUAACGUGCUGAGAUGUGGGAAGUACAAAGAUGUGACAGAGUGUGGGGUGGACUUGAACUCCUCGAACACUGUGACUGCCGAGAGACAGACUUUCUACUGUGUGCCAGUCCCUGGAGAAAAUCCCUGGCUGAAGGAAAGCUAUGCCAGCUCCAGCCAAGCAAGAGUAGUUCCUUCCACCUCAUAUGUGCCGAGCAGACAGAAGCGAAGCUACGAGGACGACGACGACGAUAUGGACACGCAGCCGCAGAAACAGAGGGAGCCACAAAGCGGUCCUCAUAGUCUCAUAGAACAGCAGGGAAACAGCGACUGUAAACGGCAGGAGACAGAAGCUCCGUCCACCCAGACGGCGUCUGCGUCUCAUAUUGACCUUAAUUUCCCACUGCCCGGAGAAAAAGGUCCUUCCUGUUUAGUUAAGGUAUACGAGGACUGGGAGAGCUUCAAACUGAAUGACACACUCGAGGUCUAUGGGAUCCUCUCUGUCAGUCCUGCUCUCAGUGCGCUGGCUGAUGAGAAAGACGCCUCAUCGUCCGUGCUGGACCCCACAGAGAGCAUGGAGACGGCAGAGGAGCAGAGAGUGCACAGCCCGCCAGCCUCACUAGUCCCUCGUCUCCAUAUGCUCUACGCCAAACCGCUGCAACACAACAACCCUCUGCUGCCUUCCUUCAGUUUAACAGACAACAGUGCAUUUUUAUCUUCGACCCUGAGCGAGAUGGCCACUAUUAGGGCAGAGCUACUCACAUACUUCACUCAUGUCCUCCUGGGAGAUUCCCUGGCUGCCGAGUACCUCAUUCUGCAUCUCAUUUCUAGCGUGUACACUAGGCGAGAUAUUCUCCCACUGGGCAAAUUCACACUGAACCUCAGUGGCUGUCCUACAGUUGCCUCGUACACUGAGCGCCUCUACCAGAUCAUCCAGCAGCUUGUUCCUUCUUCGUACUAUCUGGGCAUGAGCCUGCAAAACAUGAACCAGAUGCGGUUGGUGCCUAAGAAGGACUAUGUGGCUAACCGUCUAGUGAGUGGAGCCUUACAGCUGGCCAGAAACACUUCCCUCUUCCUGGAUGAAACCAAGCUGGAGCAGGGACAGCUGGAUACAACAGGUGUGCGUAACGUCACGGCCCUAGGCAACUUGAUCUCGUGGCAGAAGGUUGAUUAUGACUUUAACUACCACCAGAUGGAAUUCCCCUGCAAUAUUAACGUGCUCGUCGUCUCAGAGGGCCGCUCGCUACUGCCGUCAGAUUCUCAGGUGCACGUACAGUCUCACGUCGCCCCUCCACACAUGGAGGAGUAUCUCAGCAGCAUCCACAUGCAUUCACCGACGUCAUCACAGCUGAACAAGCUCAGAAUCUACCUGUGUGUGGCUCGGCUGCUGGACUACAGUAUCUCUGAUGAAGUGACAAAGUCAGUCGAGGAUGACUUUGUAGACAUGAGGAAGGACGACCCCCAGAGCAUAUCUGCUGAGGACCUCCACAAGAUGCUCGUUGUGGCAAGGCUGUUGUCUCUGAGUCUGGGACAGACUUCUUUGUCCAGAGACACCUGGCUGAAGGCCAAACACAUCGAAGCACAGCGUAGGAGCCGAAUGGAGCAACACAAGUGUGUCAAUGGCAAUGAGCCGUGACCACGUAAAUUAAAUUUCCUUUUGAUAAAAACAGGUUUGUAAUUAAAAAAUGGUUUCAAUAUGCCACCGUUGCAUUCAGCUUUUUCUACACUAGAUUGAAAAUAUUUUAUUUUCUACUGGUGGAUAAAUGGUAUUAAUGGAUUGUUGUAAAGCAACAUCUCAGUGUGUUGUUGGUCACAUUGUUGCCUUACCUGCACAGCCUGCUGUGGGUAUAUGCCAGCAGUUUUUGACAGUGUGACGGACCAAAUAUUCUGUUUGACAAAAAAUAUUUUUUUCCUUAAUAUGUAAAUAAAAGAGUUGUGCUCUAGA